UAAUAAACUAAACCACAGAAAAUAGAUGUAGCCAUGGAGGGGACAUUCUUAACAUAAAUAAAUAGGGUAGCAGCUACAACAAAUUUCAGUGGUUACCUAUUCCAAAGGAAGAAGGAAAAUAAAAACUCGACGUAAGUCGUUCAUUUUGGGGGGUAGAGAUCACAGUCAUUGUUGCCACGCCAUCCUUUUAUUCUUCCUUCAUCGUCGUCUUCUACAAAAAGGAAGCUCUUGAGGGGUCUCGGGGUUUUUUGCCUUUCAGAUUCCUGAAUAAAUCAAAUACCCAAAGAAGCAAAGUCUUUCAACUAUUUUUUAUUUAAAUCGAUCAAAUCCAAAAGGACAGGGUUGCUUGAGAAAGGGGAAGUCUGGUAUUUGGUGGGUAUUGAAAAUAAAUGGCGAAUCUGUAUGUGAAAGCGGUGCCACCGGCGGAUCUGAAUCGGAACACGGAGUGGUUUAUGUACCCUGGAGUAUGGACUACCUAUAUUCUAAUCCUCUUCUUCUCGUGGCUUCUUUUUCUCUCCAUCUUCGGUUGCUCUCCUGGCAUGGCUUGGACCAUCGUCAAUCUCUCCCAUUUCCUCGUCACAUACCACUUCUUUCACUGGAAGAAGGGAACCCCAUUUGCUGAAGAUCAAGGGAUUUACAAUGGCUUGACUUGGUGGGAGCAGAUAGACAAUGGAAAGCAGCUUACACGUAACAGAAAGUUUCUGACUGUUGUACCUGUUGUGCUGUACUUGAUAGCCUCUCAUACAACCGACUACCAACAUCCUAUGCUCUUUUUGAAUACACUUGCAGUGAUUGUGCUUGUCGUUGCCAAGUUCCCCAACAUGCACAAGGUCCGGAUCUUUGGAAUCAAUGCAGACAAGUGAUUGGGCCUCCUGUUUAAGCAUCGUUGGUUUUACCGGCUAGAAAGCCACCCCUCCUUCCCCUCUGUUAAAACAAUGGGUAUAUCUUUGUAUAGGACAUUUUGAAGGUGUAAUGUAUUUUUUUUCCCUGCUGAAUUUGCUGACUGCAUUUACAAGUUUUCUCAGAUCAUGAAGGAAUAAAAUAUGUAUCAAGUUAUCUUUGUACAGUAUAGAAAUCUAAUGUAUCCGAAAUAUCAUUAUACUCU